AUGUCUGAGCAUCCACAACCAAUUCCAAAAGGGGUGCCACGAAUUUCCAGCAGAAACGAUUCCUCCCGUGCCCUUGAAAGGGCAGCCAGAACUCAUCUGGCGUCAUCUGCUCCCCAGUUGUCUAUGGCAGCAGUUGCGGAUUCAUAUCAGCAUCAGCAUCAUCAUCACCAUCAUAGGUAUGCAAAUCCCACUGGUGGGGCGACAACAAAGGGCCAUAAUAUUAUUGCAGGGCACUACCAGAUAGCCCAGAAGAUUGGCGAGGGCUCAUUUGGGAUCAUCUUUAAGGGCUACGACCUUUUGCAGGACAAUCAACCUGUGGCGAUAAAGUUCGAGAGUCGGAAAUCUGAGGCACCGCAGUUAAAAUCCGAAUUCGUGGCUUACAAGAUCUUGAACAAUGCCAUAAAAUAUAGCCAGAAUGAGGAGGCGUCUGAGCAGAAGUUUCUUUCAGUUAAGGGCAUUCCAAAGGUUUAUUACUUCGGCCAGGAAGGGUAUUAUAAUAUUUUGAUUAUCCAGCUUCUAGGUCCCUCAUUGGAAGAUUUGUUUGAGUGGUGUGGACGGAGAUUCAGCAUUAAAACGGUUGCUCAGUGUGCAAAGCAGAUGAUAUCAAGAAUACAAUUUGUGCAUGAGAAUGAUCUCAUAUAUCGAGAUAUUAAACCCGAUAACUUUUUGGUGGGUGCAACAUGUGAGGAUAACACAAUUUAUCUGGUUGAUUUCGGUAUGAUAAAGCAGUAUCGAAACCAUAUCACAAAGCAACAUAUUCCAUAUCGAGAGCACAAAUCAUUGAGUGGAACCGCCCGUUACAUGUCCAUCAAUACACAUCUUGGAAGAGAACAAUCUAGAAGAGACGACUUAGAAUCUCUAGGCCACGUUUUCAUAUACUUCCUGAAAGGCCAGCUACCUUGGCAAGGUCUUAAAGCACCAACUAACAAGCUCAAAUAUGAGAAGAUUGGAAGGAAGAAAAGGCUUACGUCCAUUCAGCAGUUGUGUGAUCAUCUGCCUCGCCAAUUCGCUGAUUAUCUAUCGUACGUCCGGAAUUUGAAGUUUGAAGAAGAACCUGACUAUAAAUACCUCGUUUCUUUGAUGGACUCCGCCUUGGAAAGUAUUGGAGAAAAGGAUGAUGGCGUGUACGAUUGGAUGAAGUUAAAUAAUGGAAAGGGAUGGGAUUGGAGCAAGAACAAGAAGAUCAACCUUAAUGGCUAUGGUUCAAAUAAUUACAAACCUCAGCAUAGGUCCACAAGAGCCAUACCACCAGUGCAAUCCAACAAUCAGGGCUCAGAACCACAAUUUGGAAGAUUUGGUGGAAAAUACGGUUCCGAUGCAUACGGAAAGAUUAGUGAAUCGACUGGCUUGACUGGGCAAGCUUACAAUUCAUACGGUUCGUAUGGACAACAGUAUCACCAGUCUGGAGAAGAUGAUGAGAGCAACGGCGGAAUUUUCAGCUUCCUUAAAUACUGUUGCUGCUGUUGUUGUUCUGGUUCUAAUGCAUAG